AUGCCUCCCAAGGACAAGUAUACCGACCCUGAGCUUCGUGAUGAAGUAAAGGAGGAAAUCCACAAUGGCGACAAGGGCGGCGCACCAGGACAAUGGUCAGCCCGCAAGGCUCAGAUGAUGGCCUCCGAAUACAAGAAGCGUGGUGGUGGUUACACAACCGACAAGAAAGAUCAAGACGAGUCGCAAGAACACCUGUCCAAAUGGGGAGAAGAAGACUGGCAAACCAAAGACGGCUCAGCCAAUGCANAAAACGAAGACGGCACCCAACAACGCUACCUCCCAAAGAAGGCCUGGGAAAACAUGAGCGAGCAAGAAAAGAAGGAGACCGACGACAAGAAGCAAGCCGAGAGCAAAGAAGGCAAGCAGCACGUCUCAAACACCGACAAGGCAAAGGAGAGCAGGAAACAAGCCAACGAAGAAGAAGACGAGAAGUUUGAAAAGAAAAAGGCCGAGGAGAAGAAGGAGGGUGAUGCAGAAGAAGAGGCACAGGCUGGUGACAAGCGUACCCGCUCCUCCAAGUCUGCCUCUCCCUCAAAGAAGCAAAAGCAGAAUGACGGUGCCGCAAAGGAGACUUCUUCGCCCUCAAAGUCGAAGUCCAACGGCAACAGCACCGAGAAAGACUCCAAGGACGACUCAAAGUCUACCUCAAACAGCAAAAAUUCCAAGGACGACUCCAAGGACUCACACGGCAAAGCAGCAUCCAAAGAUCGCCUGCCCAAGAAGGAUCAAGAAGUCUACUGGAAAACACUAGGAAACUGGACAAAAGGAACCGUCGUCGAAGUUGCAUACGAAGAGAAAGAGGUCGAUGGCAAGAAAGUCAAAGCAUCGGAGGACGACCCCAGAAUUGUCCUGAAAAGCGAGUCUUCCGGCAAGGUUGCCGUGCACAAGCCUGAUGCUGUAUUCUUCGACUAG